AUGGCCUCUAACGAACCCGUCGCCGGUCCCGCUGACCUCCUCGCCGCUCAAGGUGAAGGUACUCGCGCUGAGAUCAAGGAACAGGAUGAUGCAGCCUUGCUGCAAACCUUGGGCUAUAAGCCGGUUCUUCAUCGGACAUACACUUUGUUCGAGAAUUUUGCAACCACAUUCGCUGCUCUUUACUUUGUCGGUGGUGUUCGCGUUACUUUCAGUACCGGUAUUGCCGCCGGUGGAAACUUGGCUUAUUGGACCAGUUACCUAGUAACUAUGGUGUUCACCUUCAUCACUGCUGCUGUCAUUGCUGAGGUGUGUUCGGCUUCUCCGUCUGCCGGGUCAAUUUACUUGUGGGCCGCCGAAGCCGGUGGGCCUCGAUUUGGCCGACUUCUUGGAUUUAUCGUGGCCUGGUGGAGUACAACCGCCUGGACGACCUUCUGUGCAAGCAAUACUCAGGCCGCCACAAACUAUAUGCUUUCGGAAAUCACUGUAUUCGAAAUCGAUUUCCCGUCAGAUGCAAGCAGUGUCAAAUUCCGUUCAGUCCAGUGGAUCUGCACUGAGGUCUUGCUUGCUCUGGCCGCUUUGCUGAACUUUUUGCCUCCUCGCUAUUUCAAGUUUGUCUUCUGGCUGUCCUCCGCAGUCGUGAUGCUCGACUUUAUCCUGAACCUUAUCUGGCUGCCCAUUGGUACUGCUCAGACCUGGGGAUUCCGUACCACCCACGAGGCCUUUAUGACCACGUACAACGGUACUGGAGCCCCAGAUGGCUGGAACUGGUGUCUUUCUUACCUUGCUACUGCUGGUAUUCUGAUCGGAUUCGAUGCCUCGGGUCACGUUGCCGAAGAAACUAAGAAUGCCUCUAUCACUGCUGCUCGUGGUAUCUUCUGGAGUACCGUUGCCAGUGGCUUCGGUGGCUUGGCUACUAUUAUUCUCUUUUUGUUCUGCGCGCCUAGUGCAGAUACACUUAUGAGCUUCGGCUCGCCCCAACCCUUUGUGCCCCUUUACGCUGUUGUUCUGGGCAAGCGCGCCCAUAUCGUCAUGAACCUCAUUUGCAUUUUCGCUCUAUGGCUGAACACCGCAAUUGCCAUCAUCGCCGCCUCUCGUCUGGUCUUUGCCGUCGCCCGUGAUGGUGUACUCCCCUUCUCGGGCUGGGUUUCUCGUGUAAAGAACGGACAGCCAAGGAACGCAGUUAUUGUCGUCUGGGCUGUCGCCGCCCUGGUCACUUGCACGAUUCUUCCAUCCGCCACGGCUUUCACUUCUCUCGUCUCGGCAGCCGGUGUUCCCAGCGCUGCUGCUUACGGUCUGAUCUGUUUGGGUCGACUAAUCUGCACUCCUAAGCGCUUCCCAAAGCCGCAGUGGAGUCUCGGCCGCUGGAGCAAACCGUUCCAGUUCAUUGGUGUCUUCUGGAACGGCUGGGUUGUCGCUGUCCUGUUCUCCCCCUACGCGUUCCCCGUCACGGGCGAGAACUUGAACUAUGCCCCCAUUAUCAUGGCCGGAGUCACUAUCCUGGCAUUGAUCUCUUACUACAUGAUGCCUGAGAGUGCUUGGCUCCCUCAAGAGCGUAUCACUCACUUCAUUGAUAGUAAGGGUGCUACUGAGACUGUGGAGGAAGUUAGCUCUGACCAUGGUGAAUCGAGCACCGCUCGAUAA